AUGGUCCUAUCAACAUCGUUGACUGCACUCCUCCUGGGGGCGGCAGUUCCUUUCGCAAGCGCCGGCGUCGUCAAACCCUGCAAUAAGCGCGCCACGAACUCAAGUGGACUGGUAGCCGCGACAUACUUCGCUGGUUACCACGCGGACAGAGGCUUCCCAGUGUCUUCCAUCCCGUGGGACAAGUACACUGAGAUCAAAUAUGCCUUUGCUGAAACCAACGCAGACGGUAGCUUAAACCUCACCAAGUCGAACCCCGAUCAGCUCCCCGUCUUCGUUUCAGACGCCAAGAAAAAUAAUGUGAAGGCGCUUGUAUCAAUCGGUGGCUGGACAGGAAGCAGAUACUUCUCAACGAACUUCGGAUCGGCGGAAAACAGGACAGCGUUCGUCAAGACCAGCCUGGACCUCGUGAGCCAGUACCAACUGGACGGCCUGGACUUCGACUAUGAGUAUCCCAACAGACAGGGUCUCGGCUGCAAUGCCAUCAACGACAACGACACCACCAACUUCCUCACCUUCCUUCAGGAACUCCGCCAGCAGGCACCAAACCUGACCCUGACGGCCGCCACCUCGCUGUUUCCCUGGAACGACGCCACUGGCGCCCGCUCUGCCGACCUGAGUGGCUUCGCCGAUGUGCUCGACUACCUCAUGAUCAUGAACUACGACAUAUACGGCGCCUGGGCCACGACCGCGGGCCCCAACGCCCCACUAGACUCAUCCUGCGAUGCCCGCAACAACCAGGGCUCAGGAAAGCUUGGCGUCCAGGCCUGGAUCGACGCUGGUGUCCCCGCCGACAAGAUCGUUCUCGGCCUCGCGGCCUACGGCCACGGCUUCCGCGUCAACGAGACGUCUGCCAUGAACGGCACAGACACGCUGCAGCUGUACCCCGCCCAGAACUCGAGCGACCGCUUCCAGGGCAGCAGCUGGGACGACGACCCGUCGAUCGACGAGUGUGGGGCGGCCUCGCCUCCCAGUGGCACAUAUCCUCUCUGGAGUCUGAUCACCGAGGCCAACUUCCUGGACGAGACCGCCAAGCCCCUCCCUGGCAUCGAGUAUACCUAUGACAACUGCAGCCAGACACCUUUCCUCUGGAACGCCACCAGCAACGUCUACGUGUCCUACGACGACGCCCAGUCUAUUACCGUCAAGGGACAGUACAUCGUGAACACCGGAUUGAAGGGCUUUGCUCUUUGGGAGGCUGGCGGGGACUACAACAACAUUCUUGUUGAUGCUGCGCGCAAGUCGACUGGGCUGUCUUGA